AUGUUAAUCUUUGUCGCGCAAGAAGCCCGCCGAAGCAGAAGUUCACCCUCUUCCCAAAGCUCGAUCGAGCCCAAGCUCCGCCACCGCAUAUGGAGACACGCGAUCCCCGGCCCUCGGGUCGUCGACGUCGUCUAUGGUGAGGCACAAGCCGGCUACUUCUCCUUUCACGCCGAGAUCCCAGUUCUUCUGCACGUCUGCAAGGAGUCUCGCGUAAUCGGGCUCGGCGUCUACGGCAUCUGGUUUGGCAGCUCUUCACGCCCAGCUUGCACCCCCUUCGACUACCAGCGCGACUGUCUUUUGUUCGGUGAUUAUCCCGCUUUCUCUUUCUUCACACCACACUCAGCUGGAAGUACCGAUGACGUCUUCGGUGAGCGCGGGAUGAACCGCGUGAUCGGCCCCUUGGGUCAGUUCGAGCUAGCCAGCAUCCGCAAGAUUGCAAUUCCGGCCAUCUUCCUCUCCAAGUACCGGGAGAAGGAUUCCGCGACGGUCUUUCGAACACUACUUGCAAAUUUCAGUUCGUUGGAGUACCUCGUUAUCGUCAACGAGGAGCGCGAUCCGUACGCCUCCGGCGCUAUGCUAUUUCGAGAGCUGGACAUCGGGGAAUGGUGCUCAAUUCUUACAGCGAUGAAGAUGGCUUUGAGCAUUGGCGCUGGGGUCAAGUUUGAGUUACGCAUACGGGGUAAUAUCACAGGAGGCGAUGAUGAGUCAAAGUUCCUGCAACGCAAUAUAGUUGAAGAGCCAGAGCAGUGGCCCAAGGAAGAUGAUCUGGAGGAGGAGAGAGCUCAAUAUGUGAUCGGUCUCGAGGAGGAUCAAAGAUGGAUGAAUAAGGCGUCAGAAAUUUUCCUGGGUGGGCAAAUGGCGGUUGUCAUUUCUAGACGUGGUUUUGUGGCACCGAAAACUGGUAGAAUUGCCAGGCAUGCGAAGAGGCCAGAGACCCGCGCGACCGAGAGACUUGGCUUUAUAGAAACUACCAGGAUAAUACUGCAGAAUGCCCUUGCCAAGGCACUGAUCGAGACGGGUCGGAUAGUCUUACCUAAGAUGGACAUUGACCAGGACGAGGAGAAGAGGUUGCAGGAUAUCGGGGAGCGCGUUGCGCUCGACACUCUCGGCUCACACCGAUAUGCGCCAAUAGUCGCAUAUCUCCUCCCCCACGCCUAUCAGAUGCGGCCACUUGAACGGCGGCUGAUCCGGUCAAUUUUAGAGGAGGAAGAGAGAGCUAGAGUGGACUUUGAGCAUUUCGGCAGGAAGCUGGAGGCUAAGAUGAAGGGCCUGUCACCAGCAGACUUCUCUGGGAUCGAUACUCUCGGGCGAUUCUGGCUUGGACCCAACGAGGAACAUGGCAGCGAACAUGCCCACUGCUACGCCGAGGGCCAGGUCGACCUUGUGCCGCCGAAGACAGAACAUGACAGCGAUGGAGAGUUACGCGGAAGGCUCUUGACAUAUUUGACCAUGCCUUCGGAGAACGUAGACAAUAAUACCAUGAACGGCUGGAAGCUUACAGGUUACACCGCAAAGCGGAGAUUCGAGCACAAGCGAGCUCGAGAACAUGAAUCUUCUGUGUAUGAACUAGUCACAGUGGACCUUUGA